GAAAAGGGAGAGAAAGGAGAAGACUACAGAAGACGAAAAGGACCGUACGUUACAGCAGAAGAGAGAGAGCUAUGUGGAUUUAACCUGAAGUAAAAGUGUGGUGAAAAUAAGAGAUCACUUGCUCCAGUGCCAGAGACAUGGACGCCUUCAAGCUGAUGAAGGAGCUGAGGGUGAAUUAUGAGCAGGAGGCUUACUACCUCCCUAAAGAGACUGGGCUGAGCCUCAUCGAAUCCACAAUGCAGGAUGACAGUCGGAUCUCAGCCAAGUGCAGAGAUGCCAAAGUGGAGGAUCUGUGGAGUCUGACCAGCUUCUUUGGUUACAGCACGCACACCUUUGUCCUGGCUGUCAACCUGCUGGACAGAUUCCUGGCCAUGAUGAGGAUCCAGCCAAAGCACCUGUCCUGCGUCAGCCUCAGCUGCCUCCACAUGGCGGCCAAAGUGACGGAGGAGGAGUGCAACCUGACGCCAACCGACGAGCUCAUCCGCAUCGGACAGUGCAGGUUCACUGUGUCCGACCUGGGGCGUAUGGAGAAGAUCGUUGCUGAGAAGCUCAACUUCAAGUCCAAAGCCAUCACUGCCUUAACCUUUCUGCACUUGUACCACCAGAUUGCACUUUCACACUCCACGGACAGGAAGGAGACUCUGAGCCUGGAGAAGCUGGAGGCUCAGCUCAAAGCCUGUCUGUGCCGGAUAUCCUUCUCUAAAGCAAAGCCAUCCGUCCUAGCCUUGUCUCUCCUGAGGCAGGAGAUUGCAGCCGUUCAGUCGGAGGACAUGUUGGAGAUAGCCUAUCACAUCCAGAGACACUUGAAGAUUGCAGACGGUGAGCUCCUGUUGUGGAGUGAGCGCGUGGCUCGGUGUCUGUCGGCCUACGCCUCCCCUGAAUGCAGCAAGCCCAACCACAGGAAGUUGCAGUGGAUUGUGUCGAGGCGGACUGCCCAGAACCUGCACAGCCACCGCAGUGUCCCUGAGCUGCCCACCAUCCCCGAGGGUUGCUGGGACGAGAGCGAGAGUGAGGAUUCAUGUGAGGACGUGAUGAGUUCAGGUGAAGAGUCUCUCAGCAGUUCUCUGGGCAGCGACGCCGAGGGGCCCUUCUUCCCUCUGCACCUCCGUCACCAAAAACACCGCCAACACCUCCACGCCUGACGCCGCCACGUGCCUCACUGUCCCCACCCGCCUCCUCUAACCUCUUUACCUGAUGUCUUUAAUUUAUUGUUUAAUAAGCUCUGGUGCUGGUGGGAAAUCGCACAACAGCUGACAGCUGAGCAGUCCAGACUCUUCCUGGUAGACUUGGUAGUUUUUAGUUUGUAGACACAUUGGUGCAUGUUGAGAUGUCACAUUCCAGGAUGCAAGAUUUCUAGGAUUCGAGUGAUGUUGUACGAAAUUUGGUUUUAUGGUGCUGAGCUAGCAGACAUUGCUAAAAAUAUUCAAUGCCGAGAUGUCAAGUCAGACCAGAAAAAGUUGGUUAUCAACAAAAAGAAAAAUGGCUAAAUGUGGUGUUUAUUUAUUAGAAUGUUGUUUGACUGUUAGUAAUUUAAGACUGUUUUUUUAUCAAAGGUAAGGAAGAGUUUUCCUGAUGCACAGAAGCUGAGAGCAGCUGCAGGCUCGUUAUCGUGGUGAUCAUGACUUCAUGAUCUUGAGAUGAUAAAUUCCACCCUCGCAUACGCUCGUAUUUAUAGUUUAAGAUUGAGAAGGAAAGCACAUUGACAGCAAGAUGUACCCACUGUUGUCUCAGGAUCAGCUUUUUUUUUUCCUCGUGCUGCAAAUAGCAGCUUCCUUUUUGCUAAUUUGGUGAAACAAGCUUAGAUGUCAACUGAAGCUCUGAGUUUUAUUUUGAACUUGACAAGUAUUGAAAGGUGAACUUAAAUAGAUUCAAUAAGGGAUUCGAAGGGAUUUGCUAAAAUUCUGUUUCAGCCAUACGCUGGUCAGGUUUUGGCCUCCGUCGCUUGUUGGUCUUGAUGAUGAGAUGAAUUACUCCUACGUGACCUAGAGGUCAUGGGACCUGGCCUGGGUCAAUUCCAAACUGUAUUUAGUUUAAUCAGGCCUCUUGCUCUACUUGGCUCUGUUUGGAUCACCGCAUUUUGGAUUCUGUCCAGUUAUAUUAGUGCGUAUUUCAGAUUGGGUUUCGGUUUCCAUGUCUGUUUCAGUGAUGAAGACCUCUAGGGUAAAGUCUUGAUCACCACCAAGUGGUCUAUAUUAUCUGGAUAACAGGGUUACAAAUGAAACUGGAGCAUUGUUUGUCAUUUCUUGAGAUAACUGUAUUGUGGAAACUGUUAGCGAGCACAGCUGCUCUCAUGUUCUGUAGAAAAGUUUCAUUUGCACAGUUAUUUGAUUUCAGUUCAAGUGUUAAAUGGGCACACUGGAGGUUUGAGUGUGUGUCUACAGGGAAACUGAUGCAUCAGAAACUGUUCACUGAGCGUUCAGAGCUCUUGGUGUCAGGACAGUGGUGAAGUGCCUUGCUCAAAGGCUGCAGGCAGAGAGAUUUAAAACACUGUCUUUCACUUCAGAUUCAAGCCCUGCUGACACCACCAAGUGUUCAGAUAAAACAUUUAACAAGUGUGUGUUGUGGAUGUGUUUCAUUUCAAAGUUGCCAAUUUUAGGAUGUAGCUUAAAAAAGUCUGGUGUUUUGAGAGAAUGUUGUAUGAACAAAAUACUGAGUGUCAAAAAAGUCUAAAAAAUGCUAAAAAUGAAAAAAAAUGUUAAUACAAAAACAUGUAAAACUGUAAAUGAUGUACAAAAAAAUCUGUUAAUAGUUAUUUAUUCUUUUUGUCACCUGUACUG